CUUUCUCCCGUCUUCUCCACCCCGUGUUCCCUUUCUUGCACUGUAAGUGCCACUCCACAAAGCUUCAUCUCCAUUCUCGUCUCCUUUCCCUUUCUCAUAGCCAAAAUCUGCAGGAAAUCUCUGUUUGUUGUAUGUUCGAGUUCUGGGUAUGUUGGGGCGUGGGGUUCUUGAGUGAGUAGGAAGCUAAGAGGAGCUGAGGGGAGGUGGAAAUGGGGUCGGUUAGCAAUUUUGUGAUCAGGUGGAUCAAUUUUCUCACAAUGAUUUUAGCCGUGGGUGUAUUUGGUUUUGGGGUCUGGAUGGGUGCUAAUCACGAUGGCUGUAGAAAAUCUGUAGCUCUCCACAUUAUUGUUCUUGGCGCGUUGAUAUUUGUAGUAUCUGUUUUUGGAUUUCUUGGUGCGUGGAAGAGCAACCCCUUUUUAUUGUGGAUUUACUUGAUCAUGCUGUUCUUCAUUUUGGUGGCAAUCUUGAUGCUUACAGUCUUGGCAUUUAUUGUAACAAAUAAUGGCUCUGCUCACAGCGUAAAUGGUUUGAGGUACAAGGAGUACCAACUUCAAGAUUACCAUUCAUGGUUCCUAAAGCAACUCAAUAGCUCGCACAACUGGGAACGCCUGAAGAGCUGUCUUGUCAAAGAAGCCGACUGUGAUAACCUGUCCAAAAGAUAUAAGACUCUCAAACAAUAUAAAUCUGCAAAACUAAGUCCAAUCGAAGCGGGUUGCUGCAGACCACCAUCUGAGUGUGGUUAUCCUGCGAGGAACGCCUCAUAUUACGACUUGAGCUUUCAUCCGACCAGUUCCAAUAAGGAUUGCAAGCUGUACAAGAACAAAAGGGACAUUAAGUGUUAUAACUGCGAUUCCUGCAAGGCUGGCGUUGCUCAGUACAUGAAAACAGAAUGGAGGGUCGUCGCAAUCUUUAACCUCAUCCUCUUCAUCGUCCUGUCGAUGAUCUACUUCGUGGGAUGCUGCGCGAGACGAAAUGCUGCCAGGAACUGCUCCAAAGUCUGAGAGGUUGCAGUGGUGCUUGUGUAUUAGCAAUGUUCUUGUGUGUAUUGACAAUCCAUUUUUUCUAAACAAAUGUUCCCACUUGCAAGAAGAUUUAGAUGGAGAUAUUAAUUUGUGAAAAAAAAAAAAAAAAAAAAAAAUGACAACUAUCUAACUUUUAAGGUUCAUUUGGAAAAUCAAAGUUGUGUUCAAAAUGUGAUAAAUGCAUUCAAUUAA